CAGACCGGUUGGACGGAUCUCCACACAGUGGCUCCAAACAGGAUCUAUGCGUGUGGAAACUGAGAAGACUGGUGUUGAUUCUGUCCGAGAAUCGGUUCACGUUAAACUCCGUCUCCUGACUCCUGAAUCCUGACUCCAUCGGUCAUUUAAAGCAGAGACAGAGAGACAGAGCUCAGCGGGAGAUGCCGGUGGCACUGUGGCGCACAGGACUGAUGCUCAGCUUCCUCCGUUUCUGCGCCUGUCUGGAGGAAGACUGUGUCCUUGGCGUAGUGGGACGGCCGGUCUCACUGCCCUGCUUUUACCCUGAAUUAUUAACCUCUGUGAAUGUUUCCAUUGAGUGGAGGAGAGAGGACAGAGUGGUGCUCAGAUCAGAGUGGGGAGAGGGUGCGAAAGUGGAGGAAUGGAGCACUGACAGCGCAACAAUCUCCGCUGACGCUGCUCUGACUGGAAACUUGUCUUUGGAGCUUCCCUCAGCUGAUCCCAGCCAGGACAAAACCUAUUACAGUCUAUUCAUCGUCUCAGGGGAGAACCAAAGUGCUCCUCUGUGCACUGUGUGCCUCAGAAUAGCAGCCAGUUUCAGCUCCCCGCUGCUGCAGAGGGAAGAGGCAGCGCUGGGCAAUGAGACGGCCUUCCUGUGUCACUCCAGUGGAGGUUUCCCUGAACCUGCUGUGCACUGGCUCAUCAACGACUCUGAGGAGCUGCCUGAGGGUUCGGUGGUGACCGUGGCUGCAUCACUCGCAGACUCCAAUCUCUACAACAUCACAAGCCACCUGACGGUCAACAUUUCCGAAGUCUCCAGUGUGUCGUGCGUCAUAAAGAACCUGCCCAUGAACCAAACCCUGACGUCCACGAGCUAUGGCGUGCAGGGCAGCCCAAAGGUUAGUCGAGCAUCAGAGGCCAUGUGGAUCUUCAGCACAGCUCUCUGUGUGGUGGUUGGGGUCAUGGUGUUGGCGGGAGUGGCCUAUCAGAUCCACCUGGACAGGAUAAGUAAGAGGAAGAAGGACGAGUACCGACGCCAAAACAGAGGAUACAAAAGACAACAUCGGUACCAGGAGGAGACUGAGGCCAUGAAGCCGGAGCCAGAAGACACUGAUGUUUAAAAUCCUGAGGUGAUGAAUCCUCCUUUAGUGUCACUGAGGCGACAGAGCACUGAUUUGUAA